AUGGACACUCCAGAGGGCUUCGCUAAAUGGAUCAAGAAGCUCAAGGUCAAGGCGACGGGCGUCCGGCCCGUCAGUCUCCCAGGCCGUGGCCUAGGGAUGAUAGCUACGCGUGAUCUAAAGAAAGGCGAGGCUAUCAUGAAGAUCCCGAUAUCCAUCAUCCACAGCCUGCAUUCAGUUCCAGCAGAUAUCAAGGCCAAGCUAGGACCUGAUAUGAGUACGCAUGGGCUUGUAGCAGCCCAGCUCACCUUUUUCGGCCCAGAAUCUAUAGGCUGGGUCAAGACGGUGCCGUCUUAUGCCGAAUUCGAGGAGGUCGUCCCCCUUCUGUGGCCCGAUGAGCUCCAGCAGCUUCUGCCGCGAGAAGCACGCGAUAUCACAUUGGACCAAAAGUCCCGGUUCGGCACGGAUUGGGCCAGAUUUCAUGCCGCGUAUCCCGACAGUCGGUAUGAAGAUUAUAUGGUGGGGUGGACGCUUGUCAAUACGCGAGCAUUUUACUACGAGACGCCUGAUCUUCUGAUGCUCCCAUGGCACGACCGAGUCGCUCUACUGCCGGCUGCCGAUCUUUUCAACCACACAUCGUCCGGAUGUACGGUCAUGUUCUCGCCUGAAUGCUAUACAGUCACGACGGACAAAAAGUACAAGGCAGGCACGGAGGUUUGCACUUCGUAUGGGGAUCUCUCCAACGACUCUCUGAUGGCAGAGUAUGGCUUUGUAUUAGACGACAAUGAAUGGGAUAAGCUGUGCCUGGAUGACGUUAUUCUUCCGCGACUAAACGAGACACAAAGACUCGGUCUCAAGGCCAAUGGGUAUCUAGGAGAAUACAUGCUGCAGACGACGGGAACGAAGCGAAGCGCCAACGUAUGGAUUGCACUGCGUGUUCUCGUAGCGAAGCGUCCGCAGUGGAACAAGUAUGUGAAUGGGGAAGAAGACAGUGAGGGUACGCUUCAAAAGGCCAUCGGUGCAAGCAUUGACGACAGGUCUAGAGCCGCAGCGGGAGUUGCUUCGCCAGCGAUGGGCGCAGAUAGAGAUUCGAACCAGGCAAGCUCUAGAACAAGCGAGAGUUUCCGCAGCGGCAUGAUGACGGCACUUUGA